UGAUCUAGUUAUUUCACAAGAUCACUUAUAUACUUGAGCCUUAAGUUACUUACAUUUGUGGAUUAGAUACAAAUAGACUUGACGCAAUGCCAAUUACACGUGAAUUCAUAGAGAACGGACCUUGGAAGCCGGACCUUUUUAGGGGGAAAGUGGUAUUUGUUACUGGAGGUGCUGGAACCAUCUGCCGAGGUCAAACAGAAGCAAUGGUAUUAUUAGGAGCAAAUGCAGCGAUUGUGGGAAGAAACGUCGAAAAAACCGAGAAAGCAGCCAGAGAAAUCGAACAGUUGAGAUCCGGUGCCAAAGUGGUUGCUUGCAGUGGAACAGAUGUAAGGGAUGUUCAUUCUUUGGCAAAAGCUGUGGAGAAAACUGUCCAGGAAUUGGGGAGAAUCGACUUUGUUAUUGCUGGAGCCGCCGGAAACUUCUUGAGUGAUUUCAACCACUUGUCAUCCAAUGCAUUCAAGACUGUGGUAUCUAUUGACUUAUUGGGUUCAUAUAAUACUGCUAAGGCGUGUUUUGAGCAACUCAGAAAGAACAAGGGAUCAAUUCUUUUUGUAAGUGCAACAUUACACUACUACGGAAUCCCAUUCCAGCUUCAUGUGGGAGCUGCUAAGGCUGGUGUCGAUGCCUUAUCCAAUGCGUUGGCGGUGGAGUUGGGACCUUUGGGUAUCAGAUCUAAUUGCAUAGCUCCGGGAUGGAUAGAAGGUACAGAAGGUUUUGAUCGACUUAUGGGAGGUAAUCUCAAGCGGAAGGUUCCUUUACAAAGAUACGGUAAGGUCGAAGACAUUGCUCAGUCCACCAUCUACCUAUUUUCUCCUGCUGCUGAUUAUGUCACAGGAACUAUACAGGUGGUCGAUGGAGCUGUUUGGCAUGUAGGAAGUUUCAUUGGUGAUGAUGUUUAUCCUGUUCGUAUUAUUGCUGCCAAUAAUGAGCCUAUCGGAAAACUAUAGUUUUAUAAAGAUAAAUAAAUCACAGUAGAAAGGAAGAAACUGUGAAAUUUGCAGAAAUAAGGUAUUAUCACAU